GUCCCUCCCUCUAAAAGCACUCUGUGUGGGGAACAUGAGAGCCAGACCAAAGCUCAGAGGAACCAGCCUGGACCUCCACCCAGCUCUGUGUCCUUACAGAGUGACGCGUCUAAACAUCAUCCCAUUUAUUUUAAAGUCAAGCCUCUGUCUGCUGCAGAGAGAGAGAGGAAGAGGAGUGGUGUUUGUGAGGAGGAGCAGCUGUCCUGCUGUGCUUUGUGUCAGGACGUCCUGAAGGAUCCAGUCUCUACCAGCUGUGGACACUGGUUCUGCAGACAGUGCAUCUGCUCAUACUGGGACCAGUCUGCUUCAUCAGGAGACUCCCCCUGUCCCCAGUGUGGAGAAAGAUCCAGAACCAGAGCUGGACUGCAGACAGCCAGUCAGAGCAGCUGUGUACAAAAUGUUGGUCUGCAGGAGGUUUUAGAUGAACAUAAGAUCAGUCUGAGGAGGAGAUGUGAACGUGUGACUGAAGGAAGUGAUGAAACAGGAAGUAGAACCCUCCUCAACAGGAUCUACACUGAGCUCUACAUCACAGAGGGACAGAGUGAAGAGGUUCAUACCCAACAUGAGGUGAGGCAGCUGGAGACAGCUUCCAAGAUGGCCGCCCUCCAUGACACUCCAAUCAGGUGCCAGGACAUCUUUAAAGUCUUACCUGACCAACAGAGACCCAUCAGAGUGGUUCUGACCAACGGCGUGGCUGGUGUUGGAAAAACCUUCUCAGUGCAGAAGUUCACUCUGGACUGGGCAGAGGGCUUGGAGAACCAACAUGUCAGUGUGGUGGUUCUGCUUUCAUUCAGGGAGCUGAACCUGAUCAGAGAUGAGCAGUACAGUCUUCUGGAGCUGCUCCAUGUUUUCCAUCCAACAUUACAGAAGGUCACAGCAGAGAAGCUGGCUGUCUCUCAGCUUUUGUUCAUCUUUGACGGCCUGGAUGAAAGCAGACUUUCAUUGGAUUUCACCAACAGGAAGCUGCUGUCUGAUGUCACACAGAAGUCAUCAGUCAGCCAGCUGCUGACAAACCUCAUCCAGGGGAAUCUGCUUCCCUCGGCUCUCGUCUGGAUAACUUCACGGCAUGCAGCAGCCAAUCAGAUCCCUCCUACAUGUGUUGACAGGCUAACAGAAGUACGAGGCUUCACUGACGCCCAGAAGGAGGAGUACUUCAGGAGGAGAUUCAGUAAUAAAAAGCUGUCCAGCAGAAUCAUCUCCCACAUGAAGACAUCCAGGAGCCUCCACAUCAUGUGUAGAAUCCCAGUCUUCUGCUGGAUCACUGCUACAGUUCUGGAGCACAUGUUGACUACAGAGCAGAGAGGAGAGCUGCCCAAGACCCUGACUGACAUGUACUCACACUUCCUGCUGGUUCAGACAAAGAGGAAGAAGAACAAGUACCACGAGGGACAUGAGACGAGUCCACAGGAGCUGACGGAGGCUGACAGGGAAGUUCUUCUGAAGCUGGGGAGGCUGGCGUUUGAACAUCUGGAGAAAGGAAACAUCAUGUUCUACCAAGAAGACCUGGAGCAGUGUGGUCUGGAUGUGACAGAGGCCUCGGUGUACUCAGGAGUUUGUACAGAGAUCUUCAAAAGAGAGUGUGUGAUCUUCCAGAAACCAGUCUACUGCUUUGUUCAUCUGAGCAUUCAGGAGUUUCUGGCUGCAGUCUACAUGUUCCACUGUUUCACCAACAGGAAGACAAAGGUGCUGAACAACUUCCUGGAGAUGUGCUGGGAUGAGUCAUCUUUGGAUGAUUUCCUAUUUUUCAUAAUGAAGAAAUCACUCCAGAGUAAAAAUGGCCACUUGGAUUUGUUUGUUCGCUUCCUUCAUGGCCUCUCUCUGGAGUCCAACCAGAGACUCAUAGGUCGUCUGCUGGGUCAGACAGAGAUCAGUCCAGAAAUCCUCUGGAUGGUUAUCCAGAGUACCAUUUACAACCUGAAGAUGAACAAUGAUAAAAUCUCUCCUGAAAGAAGCAUCAACAUCUUCCACUGUCUGAUGGAGAUGAACGACCUCUCAUUAUUUCAGGAGAUCCAAGAGUUCCUGAAGUCAGGGAACAGAUCUGAGAAGAGACUCUCUGAGAUCCAGUGCUCAGCUCUGGCCUUCAUGCUGCAGAUGUCAGAGGAGGUUCUGGAUGAGUUUGACCUGCAGAAGUAUAACACAUCAGAGCAAGGAAGACUGAGACUGAUUCCAGUUGUGAGGAACUGCAGAAAGGCUCGAUUGAUGAGCUGUGGUUUGACAACGAUCAGCUGUGAUUAUCUGGCAGCAGCGCUGAAGUCCAACCCCUCCCAUCUGAGAGAGCUGGACCUGAGUGAUAAAAACUAUUUGCAGGAUUCAGGAGUGAAGCAGCUGUGUGGUUUUCUGGAGAGUCCAGGAUGUGGACUUGAAACUCUGAGAUUGAGGAGCUGUGGUUUGUCAAAGAUCAGCUGUGAUUAUCUGGCAGCAGCGCUGAAGUCCAACCCCUCCCAUCUGAGAGAGCUGAAUCUGAGAGGAAACAACCUGAAGGAUCCAGAUGUGGAGCAGCUGUUUGAUCUUAAGGAGAGUCCAGACUGCAGACUGGAGUAUCUGCUACUGAGUGGCUGUAACCUCUCAGAGAGAAGCUGUGAUGCUCUGUCCUCAGUUCUCAACUCCCAGUCCUCCAGUCUGAAAGAGCUGGACCUGAGUAACAAUGACCUACGGGAUUCAGGAGUGAAGCUUCUAUCUGCUGCACUGCAGAGUCCACAUUGUACACUGGAAACUCUCAGACUGAGUCACUGUGACCUGUCCGAUAGAAGCUGUGAAGCCCUGUCUUCACAUUUCAGCUCUCAGUCCUCUAAUCUGAGACAACUGGACCUGAGUAACAAUGACCUGCAGGAUUCAGGCAUGAAGUUUCUGUCUGAAGGAUUGAAGAGUCCACACUGGAAACUGGAAACUCUCAGUCUGUCAGGCUGUCUGAUCACAGAGGAAGGCUGUACUUCUCUGGCCUCAGCUCUGAACUCCAACCCCUCCCAUCUGAGAGAGCUGGACCUGAGCUACAAUCAUCCAGGAGACUCAGGAAUGAAGCUGCUGUCGGCUGGACUGAAG